CUUCCACAUUUCAAAAUGGUGGUGGACGGCGAUUCAACUGCAGGGUAAAGUAGAAAAAAGAACUGCAAUAUUCCCUUCGAUAAAGAAAUUAGGUUUUUCAUAUUGCUUUGUUUCCUAAAUAAAGAUUUACAAACUAAGCAGAUUCUUCGAAACAAAUAUAGCUGUUUAUGGUGAUUCUUCCCCAUCUAGCCCCUUCGCUGUCUACAUGUAUGACGGGUAUACCCGUCUAACAUUUACAUCAGUAUAUUUCAAAGUAAAACAAUUUUUUUAGCAUAGAUCUGUUCAUCUGUAUGCAUUUAUUAUUUUUCUUUCUAAAAAUUAUAGGUUUUGUAUACUUUCUGUGGACAAUAAAGCCUCUAAACUAUUCUGCCAAAACUAAGGUGAUUUCCAGGACAGUGCAAAUACAGUGUACAUAACUUUAUCGGGUCCUCGGCAGCGAAGGAGUUUUAUAUACAAAAUGAGAAAAACGUUUCCCAAUCACUAAUGUUUGAAAAUAUAUUUUUUUCUACCUGAAACAAUGUUAUCUUUGUUCUUUUCCAGACUUCGGUAAAGUCUCCUUGAGGGAUUCAUUUAUAUGUGUGUUUGUGCAUGUGUACGUGUGUCUUGGGGGGUAGUGUUUACGAAAAACGCCUUAUUAUAACAAUUUAUGUUGUUAUUUACGGUGUAUACUUGUAGCAUUGAGCACAAUGCCAAACUUCAUAAUUCUGCCUCAAAAGAGACACCUACACGUUAACACACCCAAUCAGUCAGUCCUAGAACUAUCCUCAUAAAACUGAACGCCAAGCGAGGAAGCUACAAGUACCAUUUUCAUGUCUUUGGUUUGACGUAGCCAGGAAGCAAACCAACCACCAACAUCGUUUGGUGUGGUCGCUUUUCAAUUAGGUUACCAUGGCUGUUUUAGGGGGAAAUGAAAUAUAUAUAAUAGGAAAGUAAUUACUUCAAACUGAAUUAAAAUAUGUGUUAUGAAAUGAGAGUUAACUUUUUUUUAUAAGCUCGAACAAGAGACUCGCGAGGAAAUUGAACGGAAACGAAGUGAAGAUGAAGAAAGACAAAGACGAGAAGCAGAGGAGAUGGCAUGGAGACAAGAUACAAACAAUUGGGAAACUAUUGUUUAUGACCGAGCAUGUGACGAAGUGGACGGCAGACGGGCAUAUCACGAUGGCAUCGCUUGCAUCGUCACCACACCCCCAGGUGAAAUUGAGAGGGAAGAUAUUUCUUGUUCUGGACACGAUGAAGUUAAUUCAAUUAUUGAAAUUCUACAGCCGGAUGAAAAACCUGCCAGCUCCAUUAUUGAAGUAACAUCUCUUAACCAGACGCCUGUACAAACACAGGAAAGUACCGCCAUUUGUACAUAGCAAUAUUCCACUAUGUAUUAUUAUAAACGAAACGACUUCAUAUUGCACAGACCCUUUGGCAAACAAAAGACACGCCUUUAAAUCAUACUUAUUUUCAAAGUCAGUUAAGCGUGCAGUUCUGAUGUUCAUUUAAUUUUAUUUCUUGACUUUAAAAACAAACCAGAUUGCACACGAUUUGUUUUGGAGUACUUUUAAAUUAAACGUUUUACUUAUUAUCUUUUUUUAUGAAAUAUACUGCAAUUUUUAAAACUUAUGACAGGAAUAUGAAUCAAGUCCCGCAACAGUUAAUCUAAACGAUCUUUCAUAGAAAUCUGCUGUGAAAACUAAUUCAUGUUUACGUUUACAUUUUGUCAGCUAAACAUGUGUCCGUUACAGAUCCCUGCGCGAAUUUAUAUCCCACAGAUCUCUGUGGUAAACAGAAAGUAUGAAACUGUACUAAAAGUAUCAAUCGACGGGUCUGAUUGGGUAGAAUUUCUUCCGUUGGAACCAAUUUCAAACUUGAUUGAAUAUGUGAGAAAUGUAGAGAAAAUCAAUGGAUUCCAAGUUAACAAUUUCACUAGCAUCAAAGCAUUUGCAGUGAAUCGUCCACGAAGUGAGACAAUUGUAGUGGACAAACCUGGUGCAUCGGUUCGUUCAUCAAUGGACAAACACGUAAAGUUAUUUGUGGUUAGGGAAGCUUUUCUAAGCCGAACUGAACUGCAACUGUCGGUUCAAAAAUUUUCUGAAAAGAAUAUUGAGGUAAUUGUCAAGGAAAACACUGAUUUUCGUCAUAUUCAUGGCGUCACUACAGUGAUAACUCUUACAUGCCAGACACCACCCAGAAAGCCAAUUGAAAUAGAUAUAUCUAAACCACAUCGUAAACAAGAAAGUGAAGCACACAAGCAUUAUACGUCUUACAAGUUGAAUACAAUGACUGGAGAGUGUUGGAGGUUUGCCGAAGUCGAAUGCAUACGGCACCAUGAAGAUACAACGGUUGUCUUGCCAAAUGGAAAAGACAAAUACAUUGUUACCGUAUUGGAAAUGCCUUCUAGUUUGCCAACGGGAAAUGUACCAUAUAUUGCUGAGGAGCUGUAUAAAUGUGUCUACAAAACGGUUGUGAAAAUGAUUGUUAAACAAAACAUCGAAUGUCCAGAACAAUGCGUUGUUAGAAUCGUAGGUCGAGACGAAUGCAAAGAAACACUGGCUUUCUUAUCUGAAAACGGAUAUACUGAAGGUCCUGAAGUAAGCGCAGAAUUUUGCGUAACAGAAGGCCAGCGUCUACAGAUUUGUUUUGAGGGAAACAUUGAAACUGUUGAUAAGUCUGAUCGAAGGAUAGAAAUGACAUACCUGUCAUACAUGAGAGGUGCACGAACCCAAACGACUUUACGUGUCAAAGAUAGAGGAAAUCAGAAGGAGUUGCCUGCUUAUGUAGGGGCUGUUAAAUGUACAGUGCUUGAAAUUAAGCCCGAAGGAAUUAAUUAUACCAAGACAGUUACUUUGAAUGUGGCACUUCCUAAGCAAGCGGGAACUCGAACGGUGAUAUCGUACACAGAAGUGCGGCUGCCAUAUUACUUUACAGCACUUGUCAACUUCGUAUCUCAGCAUCUGUUUAAUAAAAAUCAAAAUGCCUGGAGAAACGUGCUGAAAACUCUGGAUAAAGCCAAAUUUCAACCAGUGCACAGGAAAGCAAAGGGAAAAUUUGCUGAAAAUGACGAGAAACAGCUUUGCAAAGCAAUGCUAUUACACUGGAUGAAAACACAAACUGUGCAUGUGGACAUGUUGAAUUCCAUAGUUGAAGCCUUAAAACACAAUGGACACUUGAACAUAGCUGAAGCUUGUGUAGAGUAUGUUGAGUUCCAGAAAGAAUAUCUUUCCGAUGAUGUGCUGACUGAUCUGGCUGACGGUAUAUCUAAAGAUAGCCAAAUACUAGGCGAAGAAUUAGGUUUGACCAAAACCUUUGUUGACAGUUGCAUUCAAGCCAAUGUCAACAACAAAGAACAGCUGACAGCAAUUAUGAUGGAAUGGAGAGAAACAGAUGACAUUAUUCUGUAUGGGGACACAGCACUAGACCAUUUACAACAACUUUGUGUGUGAACAUAAAUUUUAUUUCAUGCAAUUUCUAACUGUCUGUCAUUAACUAUAAAGAAAAUGGCGACAGAAAUUUUUAUCAUAUGCUGUUCUUUCGUAAUCUACAUAUGAUAUUUAUUUCCAGAUGAAUGUGUUUGGAAUCAUUAAUGUGUCGCAGUUUUAUAUCCCUUUCACAAAAAUUUAAAGUAGUACGUGUCUGCGUGUGCGCUUGUGUGUCUCAUGUGUCUCAAUUUCAAAGAUGACAACACUAACUAUAAGUCUUAUUAAUUAAGACAUUGUUUCAACUAUUUUGUACUUAGCUAGAACUCUUUGUCAGCUUUAUAUACAUUUAUACAACAUGAUCCUACAAUAUCAGUAGGUUGCUAGAUUUGUAUGGAGAAAUAUUCACGGAUUCUGAAACGGAGAUG